AUGUCACCCAUGGUGGCCCUGGAUGUGAAGCUUGGCUGGGCUCUAGCCCUGGCUCAAGCCCCGGUGCGCGGUGGGGGACGUCCCCACAGCUCCGCUGCCCAGGGUCGGCACAGAGCCCGCUGUGACGGCGUGGACGGGCAGUGUGGGCUGUUCUUCUUGGGCAUGUUUUUCCCGCAUCGGAUUGAUUUCACAGAAAUCCCAGCGGCAUCCAGCAUGCCCGAGUGCAACGGGAGCGUGCCGCCAGAGCAGGGCCCGCUCCCACCCAUCGGGGUCAUCGAUGAAACGGCAAAAUCCGUCGGGACGGCUCCUUACGUGAGUGCAGGAGUGAGCCCUGAGGCUGCACCUGCAGAAGAGAAUCAGGAGGGGAACAGGAAUUCGUUGGCAGAGGACAGAGCCCGUGGGGGCUGUGACGGAGAGAAGCACUGCGAAGAAAAGCGAGAGGAAGGCGAUGGGACGCUACAGCAGGGACCAGCGGAUACCCAGGACACGGGAACGGACGGCCAGCAGCCGGAGGAAGGGCCAGGCAGCGGGGGGACGCCGGUGAGCAGUGGGGAGCGAGGGCCAGGGACGGCAGCCAGCCCCGGCGAGGGGGAGGAGCGUGGGAGCGGAGGGGAGAAGGAGGAGGAGGAGGAGGAGGAGGACACUGAAGAGGAUGAAGUUCAGGUGAUCGAAAUCAAGGAGAACAGUGAGGCGUCCUGUCUAAAGCAGCAGGACAGGGGCAAGGAGGUGUCUCCCCUGACCAGCCCCGGCUGCAACUCCCAGGCAGAGAAACUGGGGGAUCAGCCCAGCCUGGGGAAAAAAAAUGAUAUCUCCAGACACAGCUAUUCCAGAUACAACACAAUCUCCUACCGGAGGAUUAGAAAAGGAAACACCAAACAGCGGAUCGAUGAAUUUGAAUCCAUGAUGCACUUAUGA